CUCUUCAGAUGGCUUUAAUCGAGCAUCAACAUAUCCGAGCCGACCUCAAGCCACUUCUUCCUGAGUGGCUUGCCAACCGCCUGAGGACGCUCGCGAAGUCUUUGCCUAACCCCAAUGAAGCCGCAGAUCCUGAGGACGUCGAAAAGGCUCCUCGCUACGAGGCGUCAACAUACGGGCCGAUGAACGCCUCUCUGACACUCUUCUUCCCCACCGAACUCUCUUUCAUGGUCAAGCCCCAACCACGUAUCAGAAAACCACUCACUCCUGCGCAGGUCGCAAGUGGUAAGCACGCCAGAAAUGUCUCGACCGACUCAUACAACAACAUCGUCCAUAUCAACGACAAGGAUCCUAUUCCAGACUUUAUUGUCUGUCGUGGCGGCGCCGGUCUUCAUGACGACACCCCCCUCAUGAUAGUCGAGGUAAAGCGUCACGGAGAGACCUUUGCUGAUCACGAAGAGCAAGUCGCCAAAUACACGGCGUGGGCGCAACGAGAAGGCACCGGCGGUCGGAUGGGGUCGAACCAGAUUGUCAUGCUUGUUGUCGGUUCGGAAACCAGGUGCCUGUCUAUUGCUGGCGAAGAAGAACCGGCUUCCAUAACAGUAGAUACAUGGGGUUGGGACAUGUUCGAGAUUUGGCAACAGCUUCGCCAAGCCAGCGGUGCGCAGGCAGCGUCGGCGGCUUAUCCACCGCGCCCAGCAUUAGUGUAGUCUAUAGUCCAGCUUGUAGGUAAAUGUGCUUCAUACUGCAUCCUAAGACAUUAUCAGUUCUCGU